AUGGCUCCGAAGACGCACGCGAAGGCGGCCGAGACUGACGCGCAGCAGCUGAAGACGAAGCUCGAGACCGAGCCGCUGAGCAAGAGCCUCACCGGCACCGUCAUUCCCGAUGAAACCUCCUUCAACAUCGAGGCGGAGAUUAAAGCCCUGGGGGGGCUGGAGGUGCUGGUUCCGGGGAAGUUGGAGCCGACGCUGAUUCGCCAGCAUCUGGACGAGUCGCUCCUCAAGGCCUUCAACUGCGCGUCCAAUGUACACCUGUCAACAUCGUACGCCUAUCAAGCCCUCGCCCUGUACUGUGGCAAGGACUCGGUGGCCCUUCGAGGGUUCGGCAAGUUCUUCUGGAAGCGCUCUCUGGAGGAGCAAAUGACGUUCAAGGACAUUUCAUCCUUUGUGAGUGGCCGUGGAGGUGGCCUCAUGCUGCGAGACAUUAAGGCCCCGCCGCAGUCCUUCCAUGACCCUGAAAGGGGUGAUGCUUUAACGGUUGCCGAGUAUGACCUGGCUCUGGGCAAGGUGGCGUAUGAGAAGGACCUCAAUCUCCACAAGGCAGCAGAGAUUUCGGGGGAUGCUGGAGCGCAGAACUUCAUUGAGAAUCGCCUGCUCAAGCCAGCGGUGCUGGCGCUGCAGCGCUGUGCGCGCUAUGUGACUCAGAUCAGGCGCGUGGGCAAGGGAACAGGGGAGUACCAGUUUGAUCAUCACAUGCUCAUGGGUGUGGACGUUGGAGAACUCACCGUGGGACAGGUGCUUGAUUCAAUGACUGAGCGCAUGUCGGUGCACAUGCAGCCACCCACCAAGCGUGCUCGCACAGCAGCUGAUGGCAUUGUGGGCUUGCUCUCAUCCGAGGAUUGA